AUGGCGCUACCCGGUGCUCUACUCGUGCGACUGAAGUCUCUGUGCAAUGUCACCAAAUGCGUCACUAUCGGUGAAAAAACAGCGUCAAACUGGAGCAGAGAAAUGCGGUGGUAUGGGACAAAAGCCCGGAGCUUUCGGGAACCUGGCACGUCUCAUGUCCAAAAUAAGCGAGGUAACGUUAGCUCAGACCUGCUGAAGGAGUUUCCAGAUCCCAAAAGCCUCUUGAACAAUACUUUAUCUCGGUCACUGGGAGUGAGCGACCUUACCCAGCUCAUCCAGUAUAGCUGCACAGAACAAGCUGGUGUCAAGAAAGCCACUGUCACCCUGCAGUGGCCCUGCGACAUUCAAGAGGACGGUUAUGCAUCCAAGAAGAUAGAUGCAGAGCGGUUUGCUGCUGCCGCUGCUUGUCUCAAGCUGAGGGAAAUGGGUGUUAUUGGCCCCAAGAAUCAGCUCCCGAAGAGGAGGACCGGUCGGGGAAGGGGAGGGCUACUUUCCCACUUUCGUGAUAAUGAAGAAGACAGCUUGCAAGAUGAUAUCCACUUAUUCAGAUCAAGAGAAGUAGAACAAUUGCCUUCGAAAGAAGUCUCCGUAGUCUCUGAGGCUCUUUCCCUUUUUCCACAACCUAAGUCUCUCCUGACCAGGGUUGUCCAGGUGGCCACAUCAUCCAACAGAAUCAGGGAGCUGAUACAGUUCAGAACAUCGGGGGGAAAGCUAAAGAAGUGUGAACUGACUCUGCAUUGGCCUGAGGAGAUGGCAUUUACGGCCACAGCGAGCAACCGGGUAACCGCAGAGAAGAGGGCUGCAGCACUCGCCUGCAUGAAGCUGAAGGAGCUGGAGCUUCUGGAUAAAGACAACAACCCACUGACUCAUGCCAAGUACCAUCGAGAGAAGGUGAAGGAGGUUGGGGAGAGGGAGAGGCGUCCACUCCCAGUGCAGGUGCCCGAGUACCUGGAGCAAAACAUGAGGGAAUACCUCAAAGAGUACCCAGCAGCGAUAGAGGUUCAGAAACUAUGGGAGGAAGAGGAGUUAAGAGCACAGCAGACUGAAAACCAGGAGGAAGACGAUGAGGAUGAAGACUUUGUAACUGAUGCCAUCACGGGCAGGCCGUACAGGCCUCCGUCUGAACGUCAGGCUCAGCUGCUCAGCCGCCGCCUGCAGGAGGAGUGGGAGCGUGCAAACCCCGGGCCGUGCGUGGAGCUGCCGGUGGACGCCCACCGCCAGCGUGUGAUGGCAGCUGUGCGGUCCUCCAGGGUGGUCGUGCUCGCCGGUGAGACGGGAUGUGGCAAAACGACACGAAUCCCUCGCUUCCUGCUGGAGGAAGAGGUGAAGCGUGGGGAGGGCGCCGAGUGCAACAUCCUGGUGACUCAGCCCCGUCGGAUCAGUGCCGUGUCAGUGGCCCAGCGCGUUACUCAUGAGAUGGGUCCAGAUCUGAAACGCUAUGUGGGAUAUCAGGUGAGGCUUGAGAGCAGACCCCCCGAGCAGAGCGGAGGAGCAAUGCUCUUCCUGACGGUGGGUGUCCUGCUGCGGAAGCUUCAGUCCAAUCCCACUCUGAAGGGCAUCAGUCACGUCGUGGUGGAUGAGGUCCACGAGAGGGACAUCAACACAGACCUACUGCUUGCCUUACUGCGUUCGAGCUUAAAGGAGAACCCUGACCUGCGGGUUGUCCUGAUGAGCGCCACUGGAGACAACCACAGACUGGCUGAGUACUUUGGUGGCUCCCCUAUCGUGAAAGUGCCGGGAUUCAUGCAUCCGGUACGGGACAGAUACCUGGAGGACGUGCUAAGAGAGAUGGGACGACAACCUCCUGUCCAAGAGAGAGGGGGGAAAGACAAGCAGGGAAAAUUUGAAGAGACAUCACCAGAUCUGAAUUUAGUGGCUGAUCUGCUCGAGCACAUUGACAAAAACGGAGAUCCAGGUGCGGUGCUAUGUUUUCUUCCUGGUUGGCAGGACAUCAAAGCAGUUCAGCAGAAACUUGAGGAAAACCCACACUUUUCAUCAGAUUCACACAUGAUCAUACCAUUGCAUUCUAGUCUAUCGGUGGCUGAUCAGCAGGCUGUGUUCCAUCGCCCAAAAGGGGGACAGAGGAAGAUUGUACUUGCCACAAACAUUGCUGAGACCUCCAUUACAAUAGAUGACAUUGUGCACGUUGUGGAUGCAGGAACCCACAAAGAACAGAAUUAUGACCAGAACACAAAGGUCUCCUGUCUGGAUACAGUUUGGAUAUCACGCUCUAAUGUCACACAGAGGAAAGGGAGAGCUGGACGUUGCCAGCCAGGACAGUCCUACCACCUGUUUCCAAGGAAACAGUUGGAAUCCAUGAGUCCCUUUCCUAUUCCCGAGAUCCUCCGCACACCGCUUGAGAGUUUAGUGAUGCAGGCUAAAAUCCACAGUCCCAACUCUAAGGCUGUAGAUUUCUUAUCCCAAGUGUUGGACAGUCCUGAACAAGAAGCUGUGAUAGCUGCUGUGCAAAACCUGCAGGACAUAGGCGUUCUGGAUAAAACGGAAACCCUGACUCCUCUGGGAGAGCGAGUUGCCUGCAUGUCAUGUGACCCGCGGCUAGGCAAAGUGCUGGUGCUGAGUGCUAUGUUCAGAUGUGUUCUGCCCAUUCUGUCAAUCGCUGCCUGUCUCACCAGAGAUCCUUUCCACAACAGCAUGCAGAACAGAACACUCGUCCACAAAGCCAAAGAGGUUCUGAGCGGCUCAAGCUUCAGUGACUAUCUGGUGUUCAGUAGAGCAGUCCUGGGCUGGAGGAGAGUUCAGCAGGAGGGUGACAGAGAAGACAGAUACACAUUUCUGGACAGACAUACCCUGUCAAAAAACAGCCUUCGAUUUAUAAACGGUCUCGUAUCUCAGUUUGGUGACAAUCUGCAGGAAGCAGGGCUGGUUUCUCGUGCUAGUGAGUGCCAGCGUCACACGUCGCUUUGCAAUGAGCACAGCAGCCAGGAUGAGCUUCUUAAGGCUGUGCUUCUUGCUGGACUGUAUCCAAACCUCAUUCAGGUGAAGAAAGGGGUUAUAAACAAAGGGCGCUUUCGUCCGAACAGUCUUUGCUUUCGUACGCUCAGUGGACCGGUGUUGCUUCAUCGCUCCUCAGUGAACAGAGGAAAAGAAGACCUUCCAACUCGCUGGCUGACAUUCUUCAGUGCUGUCAAAUCUAACGGGAAUAUUUUCAUCAGAGAUUCCUCUACGGUUCAUCCACUGGCCCUGCUGCUGCUCACAGACUGUGAUAUCACAGAAACAGUGACUGACGACAGGGUGGUGGUAUCAUUUCCGGGACACUCUCUGGUGCGCUGCGAGCUCUCAGUCGAGACGUGGGAACUGCUGUGGGAUAUGCGUACCUCCAUUCAAACCAUGCUGUACAGAAACCUCAACGAUCCCAGCAAUGCUAACACUUCCCAGGAUGGAAAGCUCACGUCAUUAAUUGUAGAACUGCUCAACAAUACAGAGUCAAACCCUUUUCAUAACACAGGAAGUGAGGUGGAUUGA